AUCUCUCGUAUAUAUGUAUUCCUAACCUCAACUAGUGUUUAUACAUCUCUUCUGACAUAAGGGCCAUGAGUAAAAGAGAGUUGAUGUAACCUCAGGCGUAAUUGAAUAAUUAAUAGUUAUUUUAUUCGGUAAAAAAAAUCAAAUGGAACGAGAAGAAAUUUGUCAAUAUUUUGACAACAUCAUCAAAAAUGAGAAAAAUAUAUCUGCUGGGAUGGCGGCAAUUCGAACCUUACUGGAGAUUUUGAAGCUUUCUCAGUCUGAAACUGUACAAGAAUUACGAUAUCGCCUGCAAGAUGCGAUAGAUGUAAUGAGAUCGAUGGACUAUCCAGUGACUUCAAUAGCCUCUGGUGCUGAAUUAUUCCUGAGAUUCAUUACAUUAGCUUCUCUUGACACGCCGUCAUUUGCAGAAUGUAAAGGAAUUAUGUUGCAUCGGGGUAAUAUGUUCUACGAUAAAUUAGUCGAAGCUCGAGGAAAAGUCGCCAAAGUAGCGGUGAAUUUUAUUACAGACGGUUGUAAAAUUCUAACUCAUUCGAGAUCUCGAGUUGUUUUACGUGCAAUGACUGACGCAGCUGCUAACAAUAAAAUAUUUCAUGUCUUUGUCACUUAUUCGGCUCCAGACAAUAGUGGAGAAGAGAUGUACGCAAAUUUAACAGAGUUGGGAGUUUCCUGUACUCUGAUUCUCGAUUCUGCGGUGGGUUACGUCAUGGAACAAGUUGAUAUGGUGAUGGUAGGAGCAGAAGGUGUGGCUGAAAGUGGUGGAGUUAUAAAUAAAGUCGGAACGUACACACUUGCGAUGUGUGCUAAGGAAAUAAAAAAGCCUUUCUACGUCUUGACAGAGAGCUUUAAAUUCUCCAGGAUAUAUCCUCUCAAUGAAAUAGACCUUCCAGACGAGUUCAAAUACACAACAAGUACCCGAGAGAAAAACCUGAAAAAUGAGCACCCACUGGUCGAUUACACUCCGCCCCAAUACAUAAAUCUCCUCUUCACCGAUCUUGGAAUUAUGACACCAUCAGCAGUAAGCGACGAGUUGAUAAAACUUUAUUUAUAAUAAAACAAAAGAGUAAAAUAAAAUAAUCUUAAUUUA